CAGACAUCGGUCCCAUAUAGUCACUGCUUCACUAAAAAAGUUAGUGUGGAUGGUCAUUGCAAGGAGCCUUCAUCGGAGCUGUCGAUCGUAAACGCUCACCCAAAAAUGUUUGGAUGCGAUCGGCGAUUGGGGAGGGAGUCUUAAUUCGAAAGGCCAGUCCAGUAGGUUAAGCGCGUUUGUCGACAGCAAAAAGGCCUGUGCUUAUCCGACGCGGUGUGGUAUGUGGGCGUGAGCCGCAUGGGGGGCGAAAGCGCAUGCGAGACGAUUCUUGGCUGUGGAAUACCGCGUGUGUCAGCCCGAUUUCGUAGUCUUACCCCACACACACCGUCCCUUUCCUUCUUGGCCCGCCUCCUUCACCCUACUGCCUUUCCCCUCUGCUGCCUCUUCCUCAUCUUUUCUUCCUACUCUUCAUCCCCUCAUUCCAAACACGCAUUCCAUUUCCCUCUCUCUCUCUCCACUUGCCUUUGUUCGCUCACUCUUCACCAGCGAUGUUCAAGUCCGUAGCCGACCGGUUAGGCUUUCCCCAUUCUUCACACUCAUCCAUCUCGCAUCACUCCUCAACCACCUCCUCCCCUUCCUCCUCGUCCCCCGGUCCCCACCACCACACCAAUAACCCCCGCACGUCCAUCUUUUCCUCCGUCCCAUCCACGCGCGCCCCAAGCCGUCAACAACAACACCACAGCAAAUACUCCUCUACUACCGCCAGCGCAGCACAGCACAACCCCCCUGCCCUCAAACCCUCGACCGCCCCCCGCAAGACCUCGGCCUCCAGCCCAACCCCUAAACCCGUCCUCCCGCCCUUGAGUUUCAACAACACCCGUGAUGGCAACUUCACCCAAUCCGUUGUCAAUGCUGGAAGUACCGCCGAGCCUGGAAACCAUCAGUCCACACGUGCGGCCGAGAAUGUGACGGUAUCGGUGCGGGUACGACCGUUUAGCGUCGCAGAGCUGAGGGCCGCGGGUGGGCCAGCCGAGGUCUGGGCUGUGCGCGAGAAUGCGCGGAUCAGCUAUGCAGAUGAUUAUGCGAUGAAAGAACGGAGAGCUGCGGUUGACUAUGCCUUUGACCAUGCUCUGACAGGGAGCGAUAACGAGCUGAUCUACAAUAUGAGCGUCAAGAAUUUGGUCCAGUCGGCGAUGGAGGGUUACAAUGGCACGGUUUUUGCGUACGGUCAGACAUCUUCCGGAAAGACAUAUACCAUGAGCGGAACAGAAAAGCAGCCUGGUAUCACGCCUCGUGCGGUCGAGGACGUCUUCAAAUACAUCCGCGAAAACUCUGAGCGCGAGUUCUUGCUACGCGUCUCGUAUCUGGAGAUUUAUAAUGAGAGCAUCCGGGACUUGCUCUCACCAGAGGCGAUCGACUUACGGAUUCACGAGGACCGGAAGCGCGGAGUGUAUGUCAGUCCACUGAGAGAGGAAAUUGUCACGACGCCGAGUCAGGUCAUGAGGAUCAUUCAUAGAGGCGACUAUCAGAGGCACACAAGUUCAACAGACUACAAUGCCCACAGCAGCAGAUCGCAUUCCAUCUUUCAAAUUGUUAUUGAAAGCAGAGAACGAGCGCCGACUGCACCACGGAGCCCUACAGAACGCAAAUCGAGUCUUGGACUUAAAUCACCAAGCGCCGUACGGGUCUCACAGCUAAACUUGAUUGAUCUCGCAGGAUCUGAAAAGGCCUCCUCUGAUGUGGAGCGACGUAAAGAGGGCGCAUUUAUCAACAAAUCAUUACUGACACUCGGAACCGUCAUCGCGAAACUGACGGACGACAAAGGAUCACACAUCCCAUAUCGCGACUCAAAGUUGACUCGGAUCCUUCAAUCCUCUUUAAGCGGGAACGCUCGCGUCUCCGUGAUCUGCACCGUCAGCCCAUCGUUCCUCAAUGUAGAAGAGUCCCACAACACCCUCAAAUUCGCCGCCCGAGUCAAGAAGGUUGUCACCAAGGCCCACACCAAUCAAGUUAUGGAUGAUAAGGCCCUGCUGGAGAAGUACCGUCGCGAGAUCAGUGAACUCAAGGCACAGUUGCUCCUGACCACCGCUGCAGCAGCAGGACAGGAGGGUAGUGAUCAAAGCACACCUGGAUAUGGACAGGGACUCAAUGGGGUGGACAAGGUGAAGCACGCCGAACUAUCGCACCUCCUUGAAAGGGAGCGGCUGAAGCACGAGGAGGAGAUGAUCGAGAUGAAUAUGGUCCGCAACGCGCUCAAGGAACGCAUUGACCAUCUUACGAAACUCAUUCUGACCUCGCAGUCUAUCAAUGCCAAAGCUGGUGGUAUAUCAACGAGUGGCGCUACGGCUAGUGCAGGUAGUGCUCAGGCGGGAUUGGGUCGUUACACUGUCGAGACCACGGCGGACGGCAGCGUGAUGGAGUUCCCCAAGGAAAUCGAGUCCCGACUGGCGAGGAAGGAUACGAUCGUGCGACAGCUGCAAUCAGAACUGGAAGCGCAACAAGAGAAGGUUGCUCUGAUGAAGAAUGCGCUGCAGAAGACCGCCAAGGGCGAGGCUGUCGAUAUCGAAAAGACGUUGGCUAGGAUCGAUAUGCAGACGGAGCCGAGGGAGAAAUUUUUGAUUGAGAAGAGGGCCUCCAUUAUGAACCUCAACUGGCAGGACGGAGGACCAUCAGGCGCGACAAAUGGAAAGAGAUUUAGCAAGGAGAUAGUGACUUCGCCUGUUUCCGCAGGCGGCGACAGUGCGAAUCCAAAUCCUGCAACCGAUCUCAUGGAGAGUCAGGAUGAUGCUACUAGUGUUUUGUUACCGGAGGGGGAACACCUCGCGAUCGAUGACGAAGAAGAAGACGAGGAUCUGAUGGACACGCCCUGGAACCGUGCCGAGUUAAUCUCUCUGCGACAGGCGAAACGCGAGCUCGAGAUCGUUGUCAUUGAGCAGGAGAAAAAACUCGAGGAGAUGGUCUCCUUUGAGGACUCGGACGAGUUCCGGGACCUGGUGCUGGAGCUGGAGGAUCAGCGAGAAAAAAUUUUGGCCAUGGAGGAGGAGCGCGAAGGAUUCAAGGCGUCGAUCACGGAACUGAAGAACACAAUCCGCAAACUGGAAUUAAGUCGCGCUGAAGGAGGUGGAGGACAUGGUGGUGCGCCCUCAUCGUCCUUACCAUCAUCGCCCUCACUCGGUGCAGUCGCGACCACCAUAGCAACAUCUGCUGCGAGUGCAAGCAGGAUCCAGGAACUCGAAAUGAUGUUCCAAAGGGAGCGUAAGCUGAGGAUAGAGGAGCAGACAAAGAACAUGGGCUGCAUAGCGUCCCUUGAGGCAGAGGUGACGAUCCUCAAGGCUGAGCAGUCCGUGCGCGAACUUGCUUGACAUCAACGAUGCAA